AUGGAGAUGGAAGAGGCGCCAACUUAUGCAGCAUCUAUGGCAGUUCCAAAUGUUCAAGAAAUGGUAAGAAGAGACCCUCUUCAUGUUCCCCAUAGAUAUAUAAGAAGCGAAGAAGAAAGACCGAAACUUUCUCAACCAUCUCAUCUUUCUUCUCAAAUUCCUGUCAUCGACCUAUCUCUGCUCGCGAUCGGAGAUAACGAAGAGCUUAGUAAACUUGAUUUGGCUUCACAGUCUUGGGGCUUUUUUCAGGUGGUGAAUCAUGGAAUAGCAGAAGAUUUACUAAAUAACAUGAAGAAGUUUUCAGUUGAGUUUUUUCAACUCUCGAUUGAAGAUAAGGAAAAGUAUUCAAUGCCCUCUGAGGAUAUACAAGGAUAUGGACAUGCUUAUGUUGUUUCAAAUGGACAAGUACUAGAUUGGUCAGAUGCACUCAUUUUAGUCGUCCAUCCAACUCAUUAUCGCAAGAUUCAAUUUUGGCCAGCCAAACCAGAUGGAUUCAAAGAAAUUAUUGAGUCAUACUCCAAUGGAAUAAGGAAAGUAGCUCAACAACUAUUAGUUUCAUUCUCGUUGAUAAUGGGAGUGAAGGAAGAUGUUAUCCUUGGAAUGCAUAAACAAUUAGUACAAGCUUUACGUAUCAACUACUAUCCUGCUUGUUCCAUGCCAGAUCAAGUGUUGGGGAUAAGUCCUCACUCUGAUACUAGCACCAUAUCCAUACUCAUGCAAGAUGAAGAUGUAACUGGUUUGCAGAUUCGACAUGAUGGAAGUUGGGUUUCAGUUAACCCAAUUCCAAAUGCUCUAGUCGUCAACAUUGGCGAUGUGAUUGAGAUAUGGAGUAAUGGCAAAUACAAAAGUGUCGAACACAGAGCUGUUACGAAUGAGAAGAUUACAAGAAUAUCUUAUGCAUCCUUUUUGUUCCCGCAUGAUGAUGUCGAUAUUGAACCAUUGGAUCACAUGAUAAAUUCGCAACGACCCAUUAAGAUUUACAAGAGAGUCAAAUAUGGAGAAUACUUAAGGAGUUCAAUGAAAAGAAAGUUGGAGGGAAAAGUAAACAUUGAGAUGACAAAAUAUUGA